UCUCCAUGGCAGUCACGCUGGAGGUGUCGGUCGGGAAAACCCCGGUGGUGACGGCCCUGAACAACACAAAAGUGCAGCUGUCCUGCAUCUUCACCACCUGCAUGGGGUUCGAGGACCUUGUCUUCACUUGGUACUACAACAGCACUGAAAUGAUCUAUCGCGGGAAGAUCAAGAACAAGGCAUCCGAGCCGAAGAUUGUAUAUAGUGACCCUCGGGUCCAGCUAAUCGGCACGACCACUGGGAAGGAAAACAACAUCUCCAUCUCCAUGUUCGUGGACUUCAGCGAUGCCGGGAAGUACACCUGCCACGUCAGGAACCCCAAGGAGAAGGGCGCGGAGCACAACGCCACCAUCACCCUCAGGGUGGUCCCCGAGAUGGUGCCCGUGGACAACACCCUGACGCUCAUCAUCCUGGCCGUGGUGGGCGGGGUCGUCGGCCUCCUCAUCCUUAUCCUGGUCAUCAAGAAAAUCGUCCUGCUCGUCCUCAAAAGGUCCCAGGGCAAGAAGAAGGAGUGCCUCGUGAGCUCCUCGGGGGUCGACAACACCGAGAACGGCCUGGCGGGCUCCAGGGCGGACCGGAAAGCGCCCCCAAAGGCCUGACGCAAGCGCAGCAACGCUCUGCUGGCGGGGGUUGGGGGGUCUCUUUGCUUUUGAACCCAGCCAUGCUCAGGGCAGCGCUGUGCUCCGCUCUCGCCGUGCCUCAGCCGCGCCGGGGAAGGGAGCUGGCCAGCCCCUUUCUCUCGGGGAGGCAGGGCCGGGGUGGGUCUCCUUGCGCUGCAGUGUGGGCUGGGCCGGGGGGUUGGGUGCGGCGUGUGCCCGAGAGCGGCAAGCUCGUCACCGGGGACCGGGCGUGAGGGCGCCGAGCCAGACCGCUGCCCUGGGAGCGGGGAGGGAGGCAGGGAGCACGUCCCCUGCUUGGCUCCCUGGGAGCUGGGCAUUGGGUGGGGGCCAUGCACCAUGCAGAGGGCAGCCGGCUCCUGGAGCAGAGCCCUCUGGGGGCCAGGCUGCUUGGGACACUGCCAGGAGAGAGCCUGAGAGUGGGGCUGGGGGCAGGCGGAAGAGGGCUCUGCUGCCAAGCCCCCUCUGAAGCAAACCACGGGGGCCCCUUUGCCACGCCGGGCGUUCGUCCCUCGCCCUGGCUGGGUAGGGGGAGCAGCCGGGGCUGCGGCUGACCUGGCAGCUCCCUCCCCUUCCAGCUCCAGUGCCCCUGCGUCAGUCCGGGCUGGGGCAGCUCUGUGGCCGCGCAGGGUGCAGGAGCAAUGGGAGCUCGGCCCCCCUGCCUGCCCUUCGUCGCUCCACUCACCCGGCUUGCGGGCAUGGCUCUUGUUUGGCUCUGGACUGUGCCGUGUCCCGCUGCCAGCAGUGCCACACGGGGUGGGGGAGGGUGCAGGGUGGCUGGGACUCUGGGCUGUGAUUCCUGUUCUCUCCCUUCUGGAGGGUCUUUGGGACUCAGCCAAGACGCCAUGGUGAUGGGCGCAUGCCUGGGAAGAGGCAGCUGGGCUGACAAGCUUCACAUUUCUGACUGUCCUGGGGCAGAGGAAAUGUGGGCAAGACAGAAGCUGCAGGAAUGGCCCCCGGCUCUAGCGAGUUCGGUGUCCAGGGCCGGCUGUGCUUUUACCCUCCCUCCGCUCCCGGCCCCUCGGCAGCAAGUCAGUGGGAAAGAGGGCAGCUCCUGGGCCAGGCCAUGCGCCGUUCUCCCUUUCUCCUGUUAUGUGGGCCCAGCCGAGGCAGAGUGCCCUGGGUGUCCCUGUGGCUGUGUCUGAUGGACAGGCUGGCCACGAGGAGGCUGUCACCGGUCCUGCGUCUGUACCGCUCCCUGGCAUUGCUGCUCCCUCCGGAGCACUGGGGCAUGGUGUGGGACUGCCAGGUCGGCCUCUCUUCCUGUGCUCAGGCCAGGCAGAGCAGCCUGGAGCAUGCUCCAUCACUCUGUCCCGGAGCCAGCUGUGUCCAAGGUACCUUCAGCUGCUUCCCCUGUCCUGGGGCGCGCACCAGGCUGGCGUUCUCGGGAGAAGUGGCUGUAGCGUUUUCCAUCGGUUCCAGGGUUACUCUUUUUUUUAAAGCUUGGCACUUAGGGUAAUAGACAUGGAAGACGCUGGCUUAUCAAGGCUUUAAUUAGUUAUGCAAAUCACGUAUCUGAUGGGCUUAAAGGGGAAACAACUCAUUCAGUUUCCCUUUCGCUGCAGAAAGAGCGGGGAGUUCCUUUCACUC